CGAAGUUGAAGCGGGAGGAAGUUGUCGAUUUGUUGCCGGUUGUUGAUGUUUCUCUAAAACAGAAAAGGCACCGCAGUCUCCUUACAGUGCAGUUUUUGUUGUACAAGAUGGACGUGACGACCUGUCUGAAGUCUCUGCUGCUGGCUAUACAGCAGUACAGAGACAGCAGGACAGCGCAGCACGCAGCGCAGCUACAAAAACAGGUGGAGAAGCUCUCAGGCCUAAAGUGCGAGCAGCUGCUGUCCUCAGCUCAGGUUCUGCCCAGCGAGUGUGUGAGUGGGCUGGUAGAGCUGGCUGGAAACCCAAGCACCAGCCCCACCCUGACGAGCUCCAUCAUCUCCCUGCUGUCACAGCUAGCCUGCGACGAUCAGAGCCGGGAGAUUUUGCACAGCAGCUACAACCUCACCAGCACCCUGGCUGCUGUCAUACACUGUCACAGCAACACACCUGGGGAGGCUCUGGUGCUGCAGUGCCUUCAGGUGCUGCAGAAGCUGACCUACAACACUCGCAUCUUCCAGUCCGCCAGCUGCAUCCACGAGCUCAUCACUUUUCUCAUGACCAACAUCCAAUCUCAAAAUGAAGACGUUGUCAUGUCAUGUCUCGGCCUCUUGGCCAAUCUCUGUCGCGACAACAUCUCCGUGCAGAUCUACAUCAAGUCUCUGGACAACGUGAAGCAGUUUUAUCGCACACUGAUCAACUUUCUGGCGCACAACAGCCUGACUGUGGUGGUCUUCACGUUGUCUAUACUGGCCAGCCUCAGCCUGAAUGAGAAGGUUGGAGAGAAGCUCUUUGAUGCAAAGAACAUCCAUCAAACGUUCCAGCUUGUGUUCAACAUCAUCGUGAACGGUGAUGGUACUCUGACGAGAAAAUACUCAGUCGACCUUUUGGUUGAUUUGUUAAAGAACCCCAAAAUAGCUGAUUACCUAACAAGGUAUCCCCACUUCUCGGCAUGUGUGUCUCAAGUGUUAGGACUGCUGCAUUCGAAAGACCCAGACCCUGCAGCCAAGGUGUUGGAGCUUCUCCUUGCCAUGUGCAGUGUCUCAGUUCUGCGCUCGCUCCUGUGCGAGGUGGUUUUCAAACCGGCGGGACCUAAACUCAGAGCCGCAGGACGGGACGGUGGACGCAAGGCGCAGUGUGGGCUGGCACUGGUGCAGUGUCUGAGCUCGGCCGUGGAGGGUGGCGAAUCUUGCUCUCUGCAGGUCCUGCAGCUAUUGAGCGAGCUACUGGAGGAGACGCUGGGAGCAGAGAGUAUGCCUGAUUCUACACUGAGCUUUGUGGAAAUGUUGCUUCCGACACUGUUAGGGCUGCUGAAGGGCCUCAAUCUCUCACAGGGAGAUGCUCACCUGAGAAAACACUGUCUCCGCAUCAGCUACGUCACCAGCCUGCUGCUAAAUAUCCUUCACUGUGUGUGUGGUUUCAGUCAGGUGUGUGCAGAAGCUCUGCUGAAGACCCUGGAGUUGAUGAGCAAACUGAGACAGCAUGUGAAGGACAUGGAGACCAGCUUCUACAGGAUGCUGCAGGACCAGAGGAUUGUGACGCCGCUCUCUCUGGCCCUCACGUCCCACCACAGAGACCGUGUGCAGACCGGGCUCUCUCUGCUGUUUGAAGCCACUCCCCUCCCAGACUUCCCCUCGUUCCUGCAGGAGCAGGUCAAAGACUCGCACGUGUCCGAGAUCAUCGACGUGUAUGAACAGAAGCUGGGCGCGUACGCGUCUAAAGAGAGCCGUCUGCAGGACUUGUUGGAGGCGAAGGCUCUGGCUCUUUCUCAGGCCGACCGUCUCCUCGCUCAGUAUCGCUUUCAGAGAGCUCAGGCUGAGGCUGAGGAGCAGGAGAGGAGAGACCUGGAGGAGACGGUGGAUGUUUUAAGGAAAGAACUCAACAAAACAGAGCAGGCCCGGAAGGACGCCAGCAUCAAGGCGUCGUCUCUGGAGCUGCAGAAGAGUCAGCUGGAGACGAAGCUGAAGCAGAAGGAGGACGAGUUGAACAAACACUCUGCGAUGAUCGCCAUGAUCCACAGCCUCAGCAGCGGCAAGAUGAAGAGCGACGUCAACCUGUCGCUCUGAGCAGCGACCGAGCUGCACCGGAGAAAAUCUGAUUUGAAAAACAUCCCCAUCAACUUUCAAGACUAUAAGCUUGAGCUUUAAACCUUCAGGAAACUUUUUAUAGAAAACACUUAAUGAACUGUAUUAAACACAACUUAUAUUUUAAAAUAUGUCA